GGAGUGCAUUUAGUGAGUCCUUCUCUGACUGCAAUUCUCUCCGCCUCGCCAUCCUUUUCCACCUCCACAAUGGUUCUGCAGGUUCCUGAAGGCCCCUGGACAGCAGCUCUGACAGUGUUACUGAUGGUGCUGAGCAAUCCCAUGGUCCAGGGCAGGACAGCUCCAGAGAAUUACGUGUACAACUUCCGGCACGACUGCUACGUGCUUAACCGGACGCAUCGCUUCCUGGAGAGGCACUUCUGUAACAGGGAGCAGUUCGCGCAUUUCGACAGUGGCGUGGGGCAGUACGUGGCCGUGACGGAGCUGGGGCGGAGCUUCGCCGAGCACUGGAACAGCCAGAAGGACCUCCUGGAGGAGAAGCGGGCCGAGGUGGACACGGUGUGCAGACACAACUACGAGCUGAACGAGGGCUUCACGCUGAAGCGCCGAGUCCAGCCAAAAGUACAUGUCUCCCCCUCCAGGAAGGGGCUCCUGCAGCACCACAACCUGCUUGUCUGCCACGUGACGGAUUUCUAUCCGGGCAGCAUUGAAAUCCAGUGGUUCCGGAAUGGACAGGAGGAAAUAGCUGGGGUUGUGUCCACCAGCCUGAUCCGUAAUGGAGACUGGACCUUCCAGAUCCUGGUGAUGCUGGAAAUGACCCCCCAGCAGGGAGACGUCUACACCUGCCAGGUGCAGCACCCCAGCCUGGACAGUCCUGUCACCGUGGAGUGGAAGGCACAGUCUGAUUCUGCCCAAAACAAGAUGCUGACUGGAGUUGGGGGGUUUGUGCUGGGGCUCAUCACCCUUGGAGUGGGCAUCUUCAUGCAUAAGAGAAGCAAGAAAGUUCAAUGAGGACCUCUAUAAACAGGUAAUAUUUCUGCCUCAUUUUCCUUGAGGGGUGAGUGGCAGACGGAUGUCAUUUCCUUUCUUGGCAUUGUAGCUCUGAGGCAUCGACUGGGAAAAAGAGCCUUGGAGCCUGAACUUCCCUUUCAAUCUCAGCCCUUGGGUGAAAGUAAGGAAAGAGCAAUCCUUGGCUCUGUUUAUGAAGGAAGCCUAGAAAACUGCUUUUUAUCAGGGCCAAGAAAGUCUCUUGCCAUAAAUUUUCUCUCCUGGGACUUAGAGGAAGAGAUGCCAACAAACCUGGGAAAACAUUUUUCUUUCCCCCCACAGGUUCCUGAUCUACCAUGAAAGACUAUAUGUGCCUUGGAACAAGUAUUUCUAUGUUUCUUUAGUCCCAGAAGGCUUGAGUCAGACCCUCAGCUUCCCAAGAGGAUGUUACUGCUAAGUAACUACUCUGAAACCAGUCUCUGUAGUUCUACUCUUUGAUUCAACGCACAGCAUCUACAGAGCCACUAACCAAGUUCCAUUCUCCUUACCUCCAUAAAUAAUCAAAAUCCAA